ACAACACAUUCGUGUGAGUAAAUCUAUAUUUCGGUUUCUUGCUUUUGAGCAUUUCAAAAUAUUCUCCGCGAUAUUACCAAUUUACACAGCUGCUAAUGACAUAUUCACUUGCUAGCGUCUAAAGACUGACUAUAUCAGUUUGUGUGGAAGUUCUCAUGCCUGCUUUUAGCCGUGUCUUGCUGCUUUGCUGGUUAGUUGAGAUGUUUACUCGUGGUUUAUUGGUUAGUUAGUUUAAGUAACUCCCGCUUGUCUGUUGGGCUAAUGACGGGAGGAAAUUAACUAAAUUGCUUUAAUUAUCCGGAUAAUUUUUUGUUUUGCGCUGUUGCGUGAAAAAUAUUCAUAGAAAUUUUUUUUGUGUGCAAAACAAAGAUAAUCAACGAUAAACGAAGUGGGACAUAAACAAAACGCAAAUUCAUGAAAUAAAGAUAAAGUACAAUAGAGAAAAGUGAAGGAGAGCAUAAAAGUACAACAAAAAUUUGGUUAAUAAGGCUGUUGUUAAUAACAAAUUAUUAAUAAUUAUUAAAAGAGACAUAGAGAACAAAGAGAGUGAGCGGCAAAACGAUCAAAGUUCGCACGGUGUGAGUAAAGCGAGAACUCUAGUGAUACUGAGUGUGGGUGGCACGUCCAAGUUGAGAUAAGCGCGCGUGCUCAACGCUUACCGACUACUCGCGCGAACGAUAAGACCGCACACCCAAAUGGCGGAUGAGUGCGCCAUCGACAGUCCGCGUCCGUUUCGACGUGAGCGCAAUCUGAGCAAUCGCAAUUUCGCCAAACGUCGUUCCAACCGACGUAUUAGCGUCGAGAGUCACAGCUCGGUGGAGUCAUUUAAUCUAAGUGCAGCUGAGAGUGUAAACAACGCUAGCUCAGUGAGCUCUGUGCAUGAGCACAGUUCCAGCGCUAGCGGCAAUGACAGUCAAAAUCACAGUACGUCGACCAGCAGCGGCAGUAGUGGUUCACAUUCGUUUAGUGUCGCUAGUAGUCAACUCGAUUAUUCCUACUCGGUACAAUCGGAUACGGAAAGUGCAUUUUUACGCGCCUCUACGCGCAGAAUGGUGCCACCACCGUUACCCAUAACUGGGCCGCCGCUUGAUAACGAUGAGCCUACAGCUACAAUAACAAAUGAUGACGAGACACAGCAACAAACGCCCGAUCCCGCUUUGUUGGGUGUGCGACAGAAAGUUGAUCGUUUCGAGACGUUGACAGCCGAACAGCGUAUUCUCUUCAAAACGGGACGUCAUCAGCUGCGUCAACAGCACCAACAAUAUUAUGCGCAAACAGGUGAAAGAAAAACAACUGGUGUGGGUGGCAUUUCAGCCGCCGCGCCUGGUUUAUGGCGUGUCUUUCCGCCAGCUACGCGUCGUUCCACUCCCGAAACGGAUAGCUCGGUGGCCAGCCGACAGUCGGCACUCAGCUCAUUUCACACCUCCAUCGAUGAAGAGCGCUCCGUGGACGAUGUGGAUGAGAUUUCCGACUAUGCCGAGGAUGCGCACGCAGAUGCUGUCCUUGAGGCGGAGUAUGCGGUGCCCGAGGAAGCGCAUGAAUUGCGCGAAGAUGUGAUGCCAUCGCCAGAGCCUGGCUAUAUGCCGCCCACGGAGGCUGAGCAAUUGGUGACGGCAGGCGUAGUCGAGUUGAAUCUAGAUGAUUUCGGUAAGGUGGAGAAGGUGCGUCGCGUUGCCAGCGAUGAUUACGCACGCACAAUGCCAAAGGCUCGCUCGAAGAAGCUGUCCGCGGAAGUUGAGUGUGGGGAAAAACCGGCGUCGAAAGAUUUUCCGAGAAAUUAUCGUUCAGUGCCUCGUCCCAAGACUGAAAUUAUUGGUACCAAGAAUCAUGCGGUUGUUAACAAAAGUAAAUCGCUCUAUCAGCCAAAUGAGGAGCUCGAUGAUGAAGCUGAGGCUGAGCUGCGCGAUAAGAGCUCACAACACAUAAAACCCAUACUCGAGGAGUUGAUAAAAACUGAGGAAACGUAUGUGGAGAACUUACGUACCGGUUUGGAGAAUUAUGGAAAUAUAUUUGCACGCAAAGAUUUACCGCUCGGUUUGCGUGGCAAGAAAUAUGUUUUGCUUGGUAAUAUCGCACAGAUCUAUGAAUUUCAUGCGGAGGAGUUUUUACCAAUGUUACAUACGUAUAGAAGGGAUCUGAAGCGAUUAUUCGAUGAAUUUCAACAUUAUAUUGAUCAAAACUCCUUCUACUGCUAUGUCAUAUUUACAAUGAACAAGCAACGUUCACUCAAAUUAUGUGAUACAUAUAAAAAUUAUUUUAAGCGCAUACAAAACGAAUUGGAUGAUAAGUUAGGUAUAAAUAGUUUCCUGGUACAGCCCAUACAACGGAUGGCGCGAUAUCCACUGCUAUUGCAACAAUUUAUCACGACCCUCUUCAAGCAUCGCGACUUCGAGAUUAAGCCUUUGCUUGAGUCAUGCUGCCGAUUGGAGAAGAAAAUGCGCACUCUGCUGACCACAACCAACGAAUCCGAAGUGAUUAACGACAUUGUCGAGUGCAAUGAGUUCAACGUUUUUCAUCAGGGCAAAUUCCGUAAAGUAAGCGACUUUUCCAUUAUAGAUCACACGCUACGACGCACUUAUCGCGGCAAGGUCUUCAUAUUCGACAAAUGCAUCAUCUAUACCGAAAUUAAGGGCAAACACUUAAUCUUCCAUGGCCGUUAUCCGUGCGAGCAUAUCGGCAUUGUGGCGAAAACGAAGCACUUCACCUUAUUCUACGAGCGCCGUAAGCAGCAAGAGUGCGAUUUUCAAGCUGAACCACCAGUGAUCGAAGCGUGGCUGGAGCUGAUACGCGAAAUGAUCAGCUCAUUUGUGAUGGAGGAGCGUCAAAAACUGCAAGAUCGCUAUGCGCGCGAAGGCGAACAGCAGUACCGAAAACCGGUUAGUUUAACGCUUUUUCGCGAUUCGAAUCGUUUUAGUUCGGAUAGUGGCAUAGGCAAUAUAUGGGUGCUGCCGAAACCGGAGGCCGAGUCGGAAGCGUCGAGCAAUCGCACGACGUGGUAUGCGGUGAAUUGAACAAAAGCAUUGGUUCCAAAUAUAUAGAAUUUGAAAAAAUUACACGGAUAUUGUACGCCUGCGACUAAGGAAAUGUAGUCGGUGCUAUAUUCGCCUAAACAGUGCCAGUCAGAUAUAUAUAUAGAUAUACAAUAGUAAGUAUAUCUAUACGAAGCAAAUUUUUUCAUUAUUCAUUAAAAAUUCAUUCAUGGAUAAUGUGCCCUUACUUUUUAGUACUAGAGCUUUUGUAGCUAUAGAGUGGCCAUAUUUUUAAUAAUUUUAAUACCUAAGCAAUAAGAAUGUGUUGCGCACUUCAAUUUAUUAUAAAAGAAAUAUUUUAAAAUAGUUUAGAAAUUGAAAAAUUUUAUGAAAUUAUUCUUUACGUCUUUUGUAACUGGCAUACAAAA